ACGCGGACGCCUCGGCCAGUUACCCAGGUGUAGACGCUGCCUCUGCCCAAGGAAGACGUGAUGACCGUUCAGAAGGGUCCUCUUGAAAAGGAUCUCCCGGUCUGCUGCUUGUUUUUAACUAGAGAUCCCUGUUUGCGAGGAGACCAGAAAGCUGCGAAAGAAAACCGGGAACAUCUGGCAUUUGUCAGUUUCUGAGUUCAGGCUUCUUCGGAGCUGUUAGUGACACAGCUGAGUUUUUGAAGAACUCUUUUACUGCCUUGAUGAGGAAAUAUGCGUAUUGAGCUUUCACUCUGUUGGCCAAAGAUAACACUGCAGUCGCACUGGUAACGCUAAGGAGGUGCACGAUUUUUUUUUAAUAAUUAAAUUUAUUGGUGCACGAUUUUUUUUUAAACACACCUGACUCCAGGCUGACUGUUAAUAUUGAACUGAUAAGCAAAUGAGACUUGGAGCCACGUCUUCUUAAAGCAGGAUAUUAAUUUUACUUAAUGUCCCAGGGAGAAAUCCUGGAUUAAAAACUAAAAGGUCUCUCUAAAUCAGUUGGAUUUGACCAAUAUAACAUGUAGGUCUCACACACACGUUUUUAUGUACUUUUUCCUGUAACUGAAGACCGGUCUCCCUGGUCUCACUCAAUUUAUUGAAAUGCUAAUAAGAGACCCCUGCAGGUUGCCCACAUUUCCCCCAAAUGCCUUGUUUUUCCUAAAACGACUCCCUGGAGAAACCAGAAGUUCCUGAAUAAGCAGACUGCCUGGGUAGAGAGCAUUUGUGUUUCAAAAGCUGAGUUUGCAAAGGACUGAGAACCAGACACUUGGUCCAUGGACUUCUGGUCCCACUGUGAGGUGGAACUACUUGUCCUGGCAUCCUGUUUGGAAGGAUUCUGAGGUCAGACACUCUUCAGACUCACUCUGAUGCAGGAUUCCAGGGCUACGCGGGUUUGAAGAAAGAAGCUUACAGCCGAGGCCGCUGUGCUGAGUCCCAGGCCGGCAUCCUUAACCUCGGGGGCCCGGAAGAAGGAAGGAACACAGCGGUGCGGUUAAGGUCAUGCCAGGGCCAGAGUGUAAAUGGAGCGCUGAAACCGGAGCUCCCUGUGGCACCGACGACAGCUCCGGCUGCCUGGCCCCCGUGUUCGUGUACGGGACGCUGAAGACGGGCCAGCCCAACCACCGGGUCCUGCUGGACGGCGCCCACGGGCGCGCGGCCUUCCGGGGCCGGGCCCGCACGCUGGAGCCCUACCCGCUGGUGAUCGCGGGCGAGCACAACAUCCCGCGGCUGCUGAAUCUGCCGGGCCGCGGGCACCACGUGGCCGGCGAGGUCUACGAAGUGGACGGGCGGAUGCUGCGCUUCCUGGACGAGUUCGAGGACUGCCCCGACAUGUACCAGCGCACCCGCCUGCGCGUGGCCCUGGAGGGCGCGCGCGCGCCCCUGGAGUGCUUCGUCUACACCACGGCCACCUACCCGCCUGAGUGGGUCCACCUACCGUACCUCGACGACUACGACUCGCAGGGGAAGCACGGGCUGCGCUACAACCCGCGGGAAAACAGAUGAGCCCCGCGGGCGAGGGAGGCCGGGGCCCAGCCCCGAGAGGCCGCGCUCGCUGAACGAGGGCGCGAAAACACCCCUGGAAACCGGUACUUGAAACAAAUACUCGAUCUGUCAGGGGUGGGCGGGGGAGAACACCUCUUUUUCAGUGGCAGCCGAUUUCCCAAAUAAUUUGGAGGUACUGAUAACAAAACUGUUUCCUGAAAUCUGUCUCUCUAUGCUGCUUUCUUGCUUGCUGCUUAAAGAGCAUCUUGGGCUUCAAUGUACUGGAUGAGAAAAACUCAAGACUUUAAUUCCCCAAAUGACAUUUGAAAACUCACGUUAUCAUGCUUUUC